AUGGCAGGAAGAGCAACAACAGAUGCAAUAUUUGCUCUCCGGCAGCUGGUGGAGAAGGCAAGAGAGCUAAGGUCUCAGCUGCACAUGACAUUUGUUGACCUGGAAAAAACCUAUGACAGGGUGCCCAGGCAAGAGAUUUGGCGAAGUAUGAGAGGAAAAGGUGUGCCAGAGAAGUAUGAUUGUUCGAUUGGUGCAGGAGAUGUACAAGGGAGCCAUCACUCGAGUGAGAACCAGUGUGGGAAGGAUCCAAGAGUUUUCUGUGCAAGUUGGCCAUCACUUAGCCCAUAUCUGUUUGAUCUGUUCAUGGAUGUCGUGGGUGCUGCAGUCAAGAGGCCAGCACCAUGGUGCAUGCUAUUUGCAGAUGACAUCGUGCUCUGUGAACCUACCAAAGAUCAGUUGGAAGAAAGACUGGAAAGCUGGAGGAAGACUUUGGAGGAAAGGGGACUGAAAAUUAGCCGAUCAGAAACAGAGUACAUGGUAUUGGGAAACAAUGAUGGGCUACCCUUACAGAUUGAAGGAAACCAACUCCAACCAGUUGCAAGUUUCAAGUACCUGGGUUCAAGUGUACAGAGAGAUGGAAUAAAUUGUGGAUGGAUGAACUGGAGAAAAUGA